AUGAUUGUCCGAGUCUUUGACGAGAGUUCUUGGUCUCCGAGAACCAACAGAUCAUUCGUGCUCGUCGAAUCGCCAAGUGGAAUCCUCCUCCUCCUCCUCCUCCUCCUCCUCCCACAUCCACCAAGCAUCCUGCUAGUUUCUGGCGAGCCCUCUCGAUUCUCAUUCCAGAAGGGCAAGGAGUUCAAUCUGGACAUUAAGAAAGUCAAGACCAGCUUCGGAUACAGCGGGGGCAUCAAGGGGGACGAUAAUUGGGAGGACAGUGAAGGGAGCAAGGAGGCUACGUGUAACCAGACGAAUGGGGAAAUCAAGAAAUUCCUGUCGGACUGGAAGCACUGUGUGCCCAGCGAGAAGAGAAGCAUUUUUGAUACCCAAUCGAAUCAGCAUGCCCUGGGAAUGCCGACAUUUGUACUAGAUGACAAGCAGGUCACUCUGUAUGACAUCUAUCAAGCCGUGAAGGAGCAUGGAGGAUCAUCGAAGUUGCACUCUUGGCGCAUCGUUGCUGAUCAGCUCCUUUCACAAAAAUCUUCUCACUCUACAGGCGAGGGGAGGAGUGGAACGAUAGCUUCUCUUGGCUUCUGCACGGCUGUCAGGAAGAUUUUCUUCGAGUCAGGGCUCGACAAGCUUGAGAUGUAUGAGAAGUUGAGAUCGGGCAAGGAGGUCGGCAGCCCUCGGCGAGGAACUUUGGAUAAGGCCAAGAAGGGAAGGUCGACCGAGGCGACAGCCAGGCAGGAAGGAGAUGCGAUGCAGAUCGAUGACAAAGUCGAUCCCCGGACUUUGCAGCCGAGCGGCGCCGAGUCGCAGGACUCGUUCACGAUAUUUGAGAAUGGAGUCUUGAAGGAGAUCAGCAAAGUUGGUCUCGUUGUGAAAGACGGUCUCCUACACCACGAGGAGCUCGCGUCUAGAAACCUCUCUGUCAGCUUCGCUGACCAGCAGAAAUUUCAGAAGUGGAACGUGGACGCUCAAACCAAGAAAAAAUGGAGAGAAAAGUAUCAGGAGUUUCUCAACAAGCAUUCGCCGCAGGGGCUGAGAGUUUUGACGGUCAAGGUACAGGACAAGGAGAUUGAGCUGUUCGACCUGUACCACGUGAUAAGGAAGAGCGGAGGGCUGGAGGCGGUGGUGAGGCAGAGGAUAUGGCACGAAGUUUGCAAGCUCCUGGGCCUCAAGCCGGACUAUCAAAUCUUCGCAGAGCUCCGCAAGCUCUACCUGCGCCACCUCUAUGCCUUCGAGAUCCACGACAUUCACGGCAUUGAGAUCGGGGACGUGAGGGAGGAGCUUUUCUCUGCCCCCCUCCCUCGCAAGAUGGCGAAGGGGAUCUCAGAGGCCCGCAAGCGCGUGGAGGAGGGUCACUCGCUCCUUGCCAGGGUCGGCGAGGAGACUCAGGGGCGGGCCGGGCUGUCAGGGUUCGCCAACGCGAGCAGCAAGCCCUUCUUGGAUCGCUGCAAGGGAUCGAGCGACCCUGACAACCCGAUCGCGAGGGGGAAGAGAAUCUGUCGGGCGCUUGAGAGCGGCUUACAGGACGAACUGCUGUGGGCCCUCGGCGUCCUCUCCCUCAACUCCUGGGAGGCAGCGAACGGCUGUGAGCCGCACGUGGAGCUGUCAGAGGGGAUCUGCUGCGCUCUUGCUCGCUUUCUCUACCGGCUGGCGAGACAACCCGAGCUGCUGGCGGUCGCAUGCAACCGAUGGGGAGAGGUGGAGUCCUGCGAGGACUACACGUACAAGGCUCUCAACAUCCUCCGAAACUUCUCGUUUGUCCCUCCUCUCGCCUUCAUCGCGGCCAAGUGCACACAGUACUGGGACGCGCUGGCAAGCUGCCUGAGCGCCUUCAAGCAGUUCGACAUCCAGAUGAUGGUCCUUCAGAUCAUCGAGAAGACAGCGUUCGCCAUCCGUGAGCUGCAGCAUGGGACUAUGAGCAUCAUGAUCCCUAGAGAUCUCUUCCUUGAGCUCAACAAGCUCGUGCUCUCCGAUCCAACCUUCCCCAUCAAGAUCACUCUGCUCCGUGUCCUCUCCUCGCUCGCUGUCAUCGAAGACGCCGGUCACAUGCUCGCCGACUUCACCUGCCAAGGACUGCCAGAGAUGGUCACCAGCAUGCUUGUCAGCACCAAGGGCCCGGAGAAGGAUGCGGCAUACAACUUCAUCGCCCGGCUGAAAGAUGCCCCUGCCUCAUUCAAGGAGCGAAUGGCAGAUGAAGCGCUAGUUGACGUUCUCCUUCAGUGCAUCCUAGAAGACUCAGAGACAUUUUCCUUUCAAGCAAGAGCCGCAGAAUCGCUCUGUGCCAUCCUCUCCCCGAACUGCCGCCGGCUGUCCGAAUGCAUCCUGCGGUACCAGGAAGAGCUCGUCACCUUCAUGAUCGGAAACUCCAAGACGACAACAGUCCCCUUCAUGUCCGAUGUCUCGAAGAUCCUCGGGUACCUCAACAACUGCCAAGUCAGCCAGGCCAACGAGUACCCUGAGCUCCACUGA